AUGAACAGUUUAGCUCACCACCGGAAAUAUCUCGUGCCACCGCCGUUAUUCUCGUCCCCCGUCGAGGGUAUUUUCCGCCACGGUCGCCGGUCCACGGCGUCGCCAUCGACGCCGGCGCUGCGCCUGCACCUCCGGUUGGUCCUCCCCGACCCCGUCCGAACCCUCGCGCACUGCGUCGCCUCCUGGUCGCUGUUCCAGGCGUCGCCAUUGACUGGAGGAGCGCGGGACUGUCGUCCUCGCGUUUGUGCACCUCCAGGAAGAAGACUGCUCGAGGUGAGACGCCUUAGAUCCAUCGUGCGAAGGUGGAGCUCGACAUAUAGGUCAGUGUAUGUGUGUGUGCAGCAGCUCCAGAGGGACGAACGUCAAGGUAGCCACUGCUCCGUAGGUUUGGUGGGCGAGCUCACUGUCGUCCGCCUUGAGCUGGUCCGUUUCAGAGUACGGCCCUUCAUUCGUGCCUCCCGUUCUCUCUGCCGAAGUCGUGGUUGUGUGGACGCGGCUAUAGUCAAAGGGUCGUCGCCAGCGUGGCACCGGCGCCUCCCUUCCCUCUCCCCGGGAGCUGGAAGUCAGCUUAGAGGAAAGCUUGGUCAUUGCUUCACACAAUUGAUAUUGGACUGCACAUAUUCAAACACCACAGAUUUUCAAGUGCAAUCUUCUUCAAGAAAGCUCAAUAUGCAGGAAAUCCUAAGCAAGGCAGGUAUCUAUACAGCAACAAGUUUCUGCAAAAUAGGAAUCGAAGAGUACCCUCAUUCUAGUCCUUGAAUUGUUUAUUUUCUAUAUUAUUUGGCUUCCGUAGUUCAGAUGCAGUUGAACAACAUAGAUUGUUUUUGCUUGCUUGUGGCGACGUAAGUAUAUGGUUCGCUCUGAAAUAUUAGUACUUUUGAGCUUACAGAGCACUAUAUAUGAGUAUAUGUUUGGCUAGUGGUUCCCUUCAGGAUACAUGUGCUAGGUUUCAAUAUACGUCUUUGUUGCCUUGCUUGAUUUGUUAGGCGUCUCAUUUUUUUCUCUGUCUCGCAAGGUAUAAUAGGCAGAGGCAAAUAAAAAAUCUACGCCAUAAAGUGAUCCACACUGUAACUAUGAUACGUAUAGAAUUGUCAGUUUAAAGCUUGCUCUGAAAGGAAGCAUUCUACUUUAUGCUCUUCGCUUAUUAUCUCUGUAAAAUCUUAAGAUUUUGGAGGGAGUUCAACAAUGCUGCAGGUGCUUGUGUCCAUUCAGGCUCUCAUUUUGAAUGAGAAGCCAUACUUCAAUGAGCCGGGAUAUGCAGGCUCUGCGAAUACCGCAACUGGACAACAACAUUCUAUAGAGUACAACAAGACCACAUUUCUGCACUCCUGUAGGACUAUGUUGUAUUCACUUAGAAGACCUCCGGAGGAAGUGGGGAUGGACAUUCGUGGAUUUGCCGUCCCUGAUUUGCUUUGUGGAGGACACAUGCCCAUGAUUCAUAAUGAUUUGCGGCAGUCUUAGAAGAAAAUUUCCCAUUGCAUUCAUCCCCAUUGAGUGUCAAUUGCAAAGUUCAUCCGUUGGUGAAAGGAAACUGUACUCUUCUUUGUUUUAGUGCUCUGCCUCCCUGCUUCUAUGACAGAAUGGCAUGGCUUCGUGUACAAUAAAUGUUCUCUACUCUUGCAGCCCAUGUAUUACUAUUGACAGGGUUUGUCUAGACUUAUCUUUAAGGCUACAACCGGGAGUCUCAUAGGUGUGUGAAGAUGAUCUAGGGCAUUGCUUUGUUAGGAGUUCACUUAUGUACAAGAAUGGCAUGUUCUUUCACGUGUAAUAUAUUGUGGUUUUUUCUACUCAACACCACCUGGACCAUGUAUCAUUGUAACCUGCUCUAUGGUUUGGAUCUGAGCACUGGACCAUGGUGCUGGACAGGGCACGACGCCCUAAGACCGCUCUUUGGAAUUCCAAUAUACUUAGAUAGAUAGAAGUGAAAGUUGAGGACCAACAUGUAUGUUGUAUCGUGGAUGUCCCCCUUCAUAGCAUUGUUUUAUGAAAUGCACUAACACUCCGAGAAGUGUUU